AGCCAUUGGUCCAAGCAUGGCCAUCUCCAGCUUCGGCACCUCCCUGAUCAGGUGACCCGAUGCUCACCGACGAGGCCGAAGCAGCGCCGCCACGGCUGGUGACCUUCGAGGGCGAAAGCGAAGCCAAUCGGGUCGUCCAGGACAUUUGCAGCAACCAGAAGGUUCGGGAUAAGGUUCGAGCACAAGUAGAGGCCAAGGCCUACGCCGCCAGAGCUGAAAUCCGGAUGGAGAAGCUGAUUGCCAAGAGAUACAAGUACUCCAGUGGUCCGAAAGACACAGAGUUCUGGGUGAAAUGUCAAAUUAAUGACAGCGAUCCCCCCGACUUCAUCCACGUCCUCUUGACGCAGGAGCUGCGAGUGAAGGACGUCCGCUUGUUUGAGCGAAUCGAUUCGAAGAUUCAUGGGUAAUGCUGGCGAAGAUGAGGCCAUGAAGAGUCCCGUGAGGAGUGCGAACUCAUGAUCGGCUCAUGUGGGAAAUACCACACCAUACCCUCAUUGUGGAAUCGGGUACGUGUCACUAUGGAAUCGGGACAUGUUGCCACAUUGGCACAUGACAAGAAAAUCACG